AUGAAAAAUAGAAUAGAAACCCGAUACUUUUAGCCUCGUGUACAUGCGGCUUGCUGGUUUUGUCUGGGAAAUCCAGAAGUUGCCAAGCAUCUUGUCAUCAGCGUCGGUCAGCAGGCAUACCUCGCAUUACCACGCGGACCUCUCGUUCCGCAACACGUGCUUGUACUCACGGUAGGCCAUCACCAAAGUUGGAUCACCUGUCCAGACUACGUCCGCCGUGAAAUUCUUCAGUAUACUGCAUGCCUUCGCCGAAUGUACACCGAUCAAGGAUUGGCUAUGGUCUCGUUUGAGAGAAACCUAAGUACUCAUCAUUUUCAAUUGCAGGUAAUACCGUAG